AUGAAUGAAAGUCGGGUGGAACCUUAUCAUGGUUGCGACGCUGGUCCGAGCAAUGAAGAAGCAACCAACAUGAACGUUGAAGAUGGCGGAGCCAAUGUGAAAAAAGAAAUGGUUGACGAUGCUCAUGGCAAUGACAUGGUUGGUGAUGUUGAACGUGCUAUUCUGGAACAGAAAUUUGAUUCGGUCGAAGAUGGAGAAGCUUUCUACAAUGCGUAUGCUAAAGCCAAGGGAUUUAGUAUACGAAAAUUCAGAUUUAACACAAAUAAAGAGGGAAAGGUCGUUAGUAGGCUGUGGUUGUGUUCAAGGGAAGGUCAGAGAUUACCAAUAUACUUGGACCGUGUUACUGAGAAGAGUAGAGCUCCCAAGGCACUAACAAGAGUAGGUUGCAAAGCCCAAUUUCGCAUACGGUACGAUGCAAAUGCUGGUGAAGGGGGAAAGUAUGUUGUGACUCACUUCGUCGCAGACCACAACCAUGAAUUGGCAGAACAACACUGUGUGAUAUAUCUGAGGUCACAUCGCAGUUUAAACACCGCCGACAAAGCUCAAGCAAUGGCUAUGCGCAACGUUGGUGUGAAGACUAGCCAAAUCAUGGACUAUAUGGUAAAUCAAUCCGGGUCUUAUAAGAAUGUUGGUUUCGUCCGUACGGAUCUGCACAACCAUAUUCAAGCCGAACGUAGAGCAGAAGUUGAGGAUGGUGAUGAGCAGGGUGCGUUGGUUUACCUAUGUGCAAAACUUGAUGUUGAUGCACGUUUUUUUUACAAGUAUGAUAUGGGGAUAAGGCGAUGCAAGAAGCAAUCAGAAGAGUAUUUCCAGACGCAAGACAUCGAUUAUGUAAUUGGCAUCUUGGGCAAAAAUGUUGUUUCAAAUGUUCACAUAAGUGGCUUUGCACAUGUUUUCAAGCAGCGCAUGGACAUGGAAACGAAUAAGACAAAGUUUGAGCAUGGCUGGACGACAAUGGUCAAAAAAUUUGGACUUCAAACCAACAGUUGGGUGUUGGAGACAUAUGAGAAGCGUCAUAUGUGGGCUGAGGCAUAUAUGCGUGGACAUUUCUUUGCUGGGAUGAAGAGCACUCAGCGCUCGGAGUGUAUGAAUGCUUAUUUCAAUCCCUUCCUCCAACACAAAUUGAAGCUAUAUGAAUUUGUUAGGCACUAUGAUCGGGCUCUUGCAAGGAUAAGAAUGUUCCGUGAUGAAAUCUUAGAAAUGGGGAAGUUGAAUGUCAAAGACGUGUUCCCUUUGCCGAAUGGUCAGAAAUACUACUAUAUUCAUAAAUACAAAGUGAAGGACAGAUCAUGGAUAGUAACACACAAUCCAGUGGAUGCUGCAAUGAGAUGUUCUUACAUGAAGUUUGAGUCAUUGGGGCUACCUUGCUGUCACAUGAUAUGUGUUAUGAAAGUCGAAAAUUUAACGCAAAUUCCCCCAACUUGUGUGCUGCAUAGAUGGACAAGGGCUGCAAGCAAGGAUGGCCAGCAAUGGCCUCAACCCUCAAUUGAUAGCACUACAACACAGACGACCCGGUAUGGGAUAUUGAGUUCUUCCUACAACGAAAUGUGUUUCUAUGCCUCGCAAUCAACGGAAGGUUUCAAAGAGGCUAGGGAUGCAUGUCUUCCGAUGACGAGCCGGAUGAAGGAGUUAUAUGAGAGGAAGCUGAACGAUGGGAAUGGAGACAAAGGGAAACAUUCAUUCCCUCGACAAUUUGGAGUAAAAGAUCCUGAUGUUGUUCGGUUUAGCCGAACAGUGGGUACUAACUCAGAUGUAGAUACACCCCACAUAAUUGACCGUGAGUACAAUACGGAGUCAUUACCCGUUCGCUGCAAAACUGGGUUGGUGGAUCCAAGUACACCGCACAUUAAGCAACGGCGACUAUUUUUCGAUGUUUCUUCUGAUUCCAAGCAGCUUGUGGGCCAAUACGGUAGUGUUGAAGCAGCAGUGUGGAAAAAUGAUUCGAACACAAUUGAUGAGGUGAAUCAGGUAGACAGUACUAGCUAUUGA